GAUCAUCGCCGGCGAUGGGCGCGGGCAUUUCCCUCUCUACUGCUGUCUGUCUGCAUUCUGGUUGGAAACCCUGGGAUCUUUGUCAUCAUGCCGACAGUGGUGGUAAUGGAUGUAUCGCUCUCCAUGACCCGGCCUGUGUCUCUCGAGGGGUCUGAGGAAUAUCAGCGAAAACACCUUGCAGCCCAUGGUUUGACGAUGCUGUUUGAGCACAUGGCCACAAAUUACAAGCUCGAAUUUACAGCCCUGGUGGUUUUUUCAUCACUCUGGGAGCUGAUGGUCCCCUUCACACGAGACUAUAACACCCUACAGGAAGCGCUAAGUAAUAUGGAUGAUUAUGAUAAAACCUGCUUGGAGUCUGCAUUAGUUGGUGUUUGCAAUAUUGUUCAGCAAGAAUGGGGUGGUGCAAUUCCUUGCCAGGUGGUCCUGGUGACGGAUGGCUGUCUUGGCAUUGGUAGAGGUUCACUGAGGCAUUCCCUAGCUACUCACAAUCAACGAAGUGAGAGCAACAGGUUUCCACUCCCUUUUCCUUUCCCAUCUAAGUUGUACAUCAUGUGCAUGGCAAAUUUGGAAGAGCUUCAGAGCACUGAUUCCUUGGAUUGCCUUGAACGUCUCAUAGAUUUAAACAAUGGUGAAGGGCAGAUUUUUACUAUUGACGGCCCGCUGUGCUUGAAAAAUGUACAGUCUAUGUUUGGAAAGCUGAUAGAUUUGGCAUAUACACCUUUCCACGCUAUUCUCAAGUGUGGCCACCUAACUGCUGAUGUACAAGUCUUCCCCAGGCCAGAACCUUUUGUUGUAGAUGAAGAAAUCGAUCCAAUUCCUAAAGUUAUUAACACAGAUUUGGAAAUAGUGGGAUUUAUUGAUAUAGCAGAUAUCUCAAGUCCUCCAGUUCUGUCUAGACAUCUGGUCCUACCUAUAGCACUUAACAAAGAAGGUGAUGAAGUUGGUACUGGCAUCACUGAUGACAAUGAAGAUGAGAAUUCAGCCAAUCAGAUUGCAGGCAAAAUACCCAACUUUUGUGUCCUGCUCCAUGGCAGCCUCAAAGUGGAAGGAAUGGUGGCAAUUGUUCAAUUAGGUCCUGAGUGGCAUGGAAUGCUCUACUCCCAAGCCGACAGCAAGAAGAAAUCAAACCUCAUGAUGUCUCUCUUUGAGCCUGGUCCAGAACCUCUCCCAUGGCUAGGGAAAAUGGCACAGUUGGGUCCUAUUUCAGAUGCUAAAGAAAACCCAUAUGGGGAAGAUGACAAUAAGAGCCCGUUCCCCUUGCAGCCCAAAAACAAACGCAGCUAUGCCCAGAAUGUUACUGUUUGGAUCAAACCCAGUGGCCUGCAGACAGAUGUACAGAAGAUCUUAAGAAAUGCAAGGAAACUACCUGAGAAAACUCAGACAUUCUAUAAGGAGCUGAACCGUUUACGAAAGGCUGCCCUGGCCUUUGGUUUUUUGGACCUGCUCAAAGGGGUAGCUGACAUGCUGGAAAGGGAGUGCACACUGCUGCCUGACACAGCCCACCCUGAUGCUGCCUUCCAGCUGACCCACGCCGCCAAGCAGCUCAAGCUGGCCAGCACCGGUGCCUCGGAGUAUGCUGCUUAUGACCACAAUGUCACACCUUUGCAGACAGACUUCUCUGGGAGCAGCACGGAAAGACUGUGAAACUGAUAUUUGGAGCCACUUUUCUGUUUCAUUUCCAGAGUGCAGAUGAUUUAGGGGAAAACCUUUGUAUCUGCUCACCUCUGCAAGAGCCAUCUGAAGACCUCCCUGAGGCUGUCUCAGAAACAUCACUUGCUGGUUUGAAUGAUUCUACCAGUCUGAGAAGAGUUGAAAGGUGCUUGGCCACUUAGGCU